AUGGCCGAAACGCAAACCGGAAAGCGCGUGAAGUACCUUCAAAGCGACAAUGGGGGUGAAUACAAGUCCGACAAGCUGGCACGAUUCUGCGCGGAACGGGGAAUACAACAAAGGUUCACACCCCCAUAUACUCCUCAGCUAAACGGAGUAGCUGAGAGAAUGAAUCGCACGCUGGUCGAGUGUGCGCGUUGCAUGAUGGAACACGCUGGACUGGGAAAGAGCUACUGGGGUGAAGCAGUGAUGACGGCGAUGUUUCUUCGAAACCGCUGUCCAACACGUGCCAUUCACCAAGACAAGUCUCCAUAUCAAGUGUGGACGAUGAAGAAACCGAUUCUGGCCAACCUUAAAGUGUUUGGAUGCCACGCGUAUGUUCAAGUGCCUCAAGACAAACGUGUUGAAAAGACAGCGGCUGUGAAGAAGACACCUCGUCAAGCUGCGUCAAGUGUUGAAGCAAGUGGAAGACCAAGCUCCGCUAUACCGGUGGGUACCGGUAUGUACCAGUAA